AGGAGCAUGUUCGCCGGCACUCGAACUUGAGACGGCGGCGCAGCGUGGCCUCGGGACGGCCGCCGUCCAGACGUCUGGCGCACCAGCAGUCUGAGGAAAUGGGCGGCUCCACCACAAUAGGAGGGCUCGAAGGCCGCUUUGGGACGACAGAAACGUCCCUACUGAAUGACCUCGUCAGUAGCCCCAAGCUUGUUGACGAGGAUGGCAGCCAAGACGGCUCGCUGGCCGACUACUCGGAUGCCGAGGACGUCGAGGACCCUCCAGACAACUCCCCCUAUGCUCAAGUCAGGGCCUCGGUUGCGCCGACUGAUAACACGAGCCUCUCCAUCAACACGCCCCGGAUGUGGAUUCUGUCUAUAUUGUUUUCAGUACUUGGAUCAUCUACCAAUUUGUUUUUUUCCUUGAGAUACCCCAGUGUCGCCAUCACUCCCGUUAUUGCGCUAUUGCUUGUGCACCCUCUCGGUCUCAUGUGGGACUAUUUUCUUAAGCGUGGCGACGACCCUGAGAAUGAAUACGUCGACGGAUGGCGCAGCGAAAACGCGUCCAUGAUCAGCGCGAGCACAGAGCGCCCACCCAUUGUGCCCUUGGAGCAGAGGGGCUGGAUCGACCGAGUGCGUCUGUGGCUCGCCCAGGGCCGGUGGAACGAGAAGGAGCACAGCUGCGUCUAUGUCAGCAGCAACGUGUCGUUUGGGUUUGCCUUUGCGACCGACGUCAUCGUCGAGCAGACGCAGUUCUACAAGCAGGACGCCGGAAUAGUAUACCAGCUCCUGCUCACCCUCUCGACGCAGAUCCUCGGCUACACCUUUGCCGGGCUCACUCGCCGCUUUCUGGUCCGGCCAAGCGGCAUGAUAUGGCCGGGCACGCUCAUGUCGGCCGCCAUGUUCACGACGCUCCACAAGGAGGAGAACAAGGCGGCCAACGGCUGGACCAUCAGUCGGUGGAAGUUCUUCUACGCUGUCUGGCUGUCGGCCUUUCUCUUCUACUUCCUCCCCGGCCUGCUGAUGCCGGCUCUAAGCUACUUCAACGUUGUCACAUGGUUCGCCCCCGACAAUGUCGUCGUGGCCAAUCUGUUCGGCGUUGUCUCGGGGCUGGGCUUGUUCCCCGUGACAUUUGACUGGGCCCAGAUCGCCUACAUUGGCUCUCCGCUCCUCACGCCUUUCUGGGCGGCCAUGAACGUGGUCGGCGGUCUUGUGGUCGUCAUGUGGGUCAUUGCCCCCAUCGCCUACUACUCCAACUGGCUCUACUCGUCGUACAUGCCAAUUCUGUCGGCAGCCGUCUUCGACAACGCAGGAAACGUAUAUGAUGUCAGCAAGGUUCUGACCAAGGACUUCGUGUUUGACCGCGAGGCCUACUCCAAAUACAGCCGAGUCUUCCUCCCAAUAACCUACGUGCUGAGCUACGGCGUCCAGUUUGCCGGCCUAGCCGCACUCCUAACCCACACGAUCUGCUGGCACGGGAAAGAUAUUUGGACCCAGUGGAGACGGUCGCUCGACGAGACAGGCGAAGAGCCUAAAGCCGCCUAUCGGCCAGUGUCGGGAGUAACCAACGAGCAGUCCGGUCCUCCCAGUCAAGUCCCACGGCUUAACCCGGCGCGGUCUUCGCUGAGCAUGGAUAAUCUUAUGAGCCGGGAAGACGUCCACAACCGCCUAAUGAGGAGAUACAAGGAUGCACCCAUGCUGUGGUAUUUGGCCACGUUUGUGUCCAUGACUGCCAUUGGGAUUUUUGUCGUUGAAUAUUAUCCAAUCCACCUCCCGUGGUACGGGCUCCUUCUUGCCUUGGGGAUAUGCAGCGUCCUCUUCAUCCCCAUUGGCAUCAUCAUGGCGGUCACGAAUCAGCACAGCAGUAUCUACCUCAUCUGCCAGCUAGUGGCGGGCGUCAUGUUCCCCGGGCGGCCCGUGGCCAACAUGGUGUUCGUAACGUACGGCUACAUCUCGUCGGCGCAGGGCAUCAAGUUCGCGGCCGACCUGAAGCUCGGCCACUACAUGAAGAUUCCGCCGCGGAUUCUGUUCGCGGUGCAGAUGGUGGCGACGGUGGUGUCGUCGCUGACGCAGAUCGCUGUUCUUAAUUGGAUUUUCAAGAACGUGCCGGGCAUCUGCACACCGCAGGCCAUCAACGGCUUCACGUGCCCCAUCGCGCGUGUGCACUUCAACGGCUCGAUUCUGUGGGGUGUCGUCGGGCCAAGCGAGUUCUUCGGGCCCAACGCCACCUACCGCUGCCUCGUCUGGGCGUUUGUUAUUGGCGCCGUUCUGCCCAUCCCGCUCUGGCUCUACGCGCGCCACCGCCGCGACAGCAUCGUCCGCAAGAUCAACCUGCCCGUGCUCUUCGGGUCCCUCGGUUGGAUCCCCCCCGCCACGGGCCUCAACUUUUCCGUCUGGGCUGUCGUCUGCUACAUGUUCAAUUACCUCAUCAAGAACCGCGCCCAGGCCUGGUGGGCAAAGUACACCAUGACGCUGAGCGCCGCCCUCGACUCAGGCCUGGCCUUUGGCAUCGUGGUUGUCUUCUUUGGCUUCCUUUAUCCUGGCUGGAUGAAGGGCUUCUCGUGGUGGGGCACCGAGGUCUACAAGCAGGGCUGCGACUGGCAGGCGUGCUCGUACUUGACGGUGCCCGAGGGGGGGCAUUUCGGGCCGGAUGUGUGGUGAGUGAGGGUUUGCAUACAUCACCUCUCCAUGUGGGUGAUGGUUCGCUGUAAGAACAAAUUUGGAUAAACAAGGGUGGCCGCUUCUUCUUUUGGAUGACUAGAAUUUGGAUAGAAUAUCUGAGUGGAUGGCUUGAUAUAGUCCACUGACCUGCUGGAUAAGGGGGAGGUAUUUGUUGGAGCAUUUUAUGCGCCAAAACGCCACUUGCUAUGAGUUUACGAAGUAAAAAACGAGCAAGGGAGAGAGGAUAUUGUCGGAAGGGGUGCAUUUUCUGCAUUUAAAAAGGCGCUCUGCAUCUACGUCUAGAAUUAUACGUUGUAGUUAUUUAGUUGGGUUGAUAUUGUGCAUUUUUGUAUUGCGCUCUUCUAAGAGCCGGUGUAUGUCACUAUGGCUGGCAUAUGAUUUAGAAGAUAGGUCAGAUACAUAUUGUUUAUUA